GUUUAUGGACAGUGUUUCUUAGACACGUGAAUCAGUGCGAGCGACUUUACAUGUAGUGGCUUUUUGGUAAGGUAUCCAGUUUCAAAAUUGUUGGUAGUUAUGUAGUUUUAUCGGUAAAAUUUAUCUUAGUCUCCCGUAAAAAAACCCAGUAAACUGCUUGCGAUGUCAACAACCAUCUGACUUGCAACCGGAUGCUGGGGAUAGUGAUGUCAGAUUGAGUUACUCCCUCGCCACACCGUCCAGCGAUCAAGAUGCCGGGUAUAGAAAAAUUACUGCUCGGAAUAUUACGUUAUAGAGUCAACACAAGAUGGAAGCUUCUAGAACAAUUUCAGCGCGUGAAAGAUAACCCAGAGCCAACAUCAGUGUUUUUCACUUGCAUAGACAGUCGUGUGCUGGCUACAAAGUUUAUGGACAGUCAAGUUGGUGACAACUUCGUGGUUCGCAGUGCUGGUAACUUGAUUCCUCAUGCAUGUAACUUUAGCUACGAGACAGCCACAACAGAAGCUGGAGCUCUGGAGCUGGGCUGUAUAGUGAAUGGUGUCAAACAUGUUGUUGUGUGUGGACACUCAGAUUGUAAGGCUAUGAAUCUGCUGUAUUCCAUGCGUGAUUCGGUCCACAAAGUAGAAGGAGGGCCACUCAAACUGUGGCUAAAACGGCAUGGCACAGCAAGUCUUGAGAAAUUCAAACUUCUUAAACCAGACAAUGAAUACAAAGGACCUGUCCCCUUCCAGACAGCUCGCAAGUUUGAAGCCUACAUCGACCCUGAAAACCGCUUCAAUCUAGAGGACAAGUUAUCACAGGUCAAUUGUCUGCAGCAGUUACAGAAUGUAGCCAGCUACCCGUUCAUGAAGGACCUGAUCUCCAGUGAGGAGGUGAAGCUCCAUGCCAUGUGGUUUGAUAUCUAUACUGGCGAAGUGUUUAUGUUCAGUCGAACCCAGCAGAAGUUUUUAGAGAUUAAUGACCAGACCAUCAACCACCUGCUCCAUGACGCCUACCGUAAAGUUGACAAGGUUCCAAAAUCUGAGCAAAGACGAAAGUAGACAACAAACAUUUUUUCUGUUAAAAAUUGCAAUUUGACAUACACCAAGUGCACAUGUUUCUAGAAAAAGCUAAAAGUCUGAAUGAAACAAGGUGGCUAACCAGCUGUUGCCAGACUAGAGCUGGUGUGUAGAUGAAAAAGGUAGUUAGAAAUAAAGAGAACGUAUGAAAUAGAACAAUGCAAUACACCUGAAAUACAUGUAGUGGAAGCAUACCUGGUGUGCUAGGUCGUCAUCCUUCUUUGUACAAGUAUGCAUGCAUAGUACUUCUUUAAAUUUUGAAUCAUUUUUAAGAAAAGAUAUACCCGUUUUUGUUUGUUUGGCCGUUGAUUUUUGCAACAAAGUCUUAGACUGCUUCAUGGUCUGAAAGCCAGACACUGGUUGAGAAGUCUACGAGUGUCCGUGUUCAUUCCCUGAUACACAUUUUUGUCUAUGUUAGAUAUUUGUUAUGUAUGGGUAUCCUUUUUUGACGGGUAUCUCUAAUAAAUAAAUAAAAAUAAGGGCUGUGGAGGCCAAGUGGUUAAAGCAUAUGACAUUCUGCUACAACUAGCCCGCCACCACUGGGUUGCGGGUUUCGAGACCUACGUGGGGCAGUCGCCAGGUACUGGCCAUAGGUCGGUGGUUUUUCU